UCUACCUAGUAAGCCGCCAUCUUGGAUCUAGCAAUCAAGCAAACCACCCAGACUUUUGAGAUGUGGGGACUUUAACGGAACUUGGGGUUUUAAGGAACCAACACCACCUGGAAGCGAGGUUGUGGGCAUCGGAAGCUGGAAACCAACAGAACUCAAACGUCAAAAAACUGGCAGCAAAUUCUGAGACCGGUUUUACUUGAACUCCCCCUCCCCUCCCCUCUUUCCUUGUCUGAACGUUCUGUGCAGUUGUUGAGGGCCUAUGAAGUAUUGCUACAGUUCUUUUAGCAUUUCAACAGACUAUUUUUGACCGAAAAGGGAUUCGGACACUUUUUACUUCAGUGUUAUGGUUUGUUCAUGGUCAAAUUUGAGGGGGAAGGUCUCUUUUUCGCAUUCUGUCCCACUGCCGGUGUCUGGUGGAACAAAGUCUAAAAUAUAUAAGAGCGCAGAACCACUUCGGGGAUCAACACAUUAAAAUGUCAACCAGAACGCCACUACCUACUGUCAAUGAACGCGACACUGAAAAUCACACCUCGCACACUGAUGGCCGUAACGAGGUCAGCGCGCGGCCAGGCCGUCCUGGCGCCCGCUGCCGGAACUCCAUCGCAUCGUGCGCCGACGAGCAGCCGCACAUUGGUAACUACAGGCUGCUCAAGACUAUCGGCAAGGGCAACUUCGCCAAGGUAAAGCUGGCACGCCAUAUCCUCACAGGCCGAGAGGUUGCCAUAAAAAUCAUCGAUAAGACCCAGUUGAACCCCACUAGUCUUCAAAAGCUCUUCAGGGAAGUCCGAAUAAUGAAGAUCUUAAACCAUCCAAACAUCGUCAAGCUGUUUGAGGUGAUCGAGACGGAGAAGACCCUGUACCUGGUGAUGGAGUACGCCAGCGGAGGGGAAGUGUUCGACUACCUGGUGGCGCACGGACGGAUGAAGGAAAAGGAGGCCAGGGCUAAAUUUAGACAGAUCGUAUCAGCUGUGCAGUAUUGUCACCAGAAGCACAUUGUGCACAGAGACUUGAAGGCAGAGAACCUGCUCCUCGACGCCGACAUGAACAUCAAGAUCGCCGACUUCGGCUUCAGCAACGAGUUCACGAUGGGGAACAAGCUGGACACGUUCUGCGGCUCCCCCCCCUACGCCGCCCCGGAGCUCUUCCAGGGGAAGAAGUACGACGGGCCCGAGGUGGACGUGUGGAGCCUGGGGGUCAUCCUCUACACGCUGGUCAGCGGCUCCCUGCCCUUCGACGGGCAGAACCUCAAGGAGCUGCGUGAGCGUGUCUUGAGGGGGAAGUACCGUAUCCCCUUCUACAUGUCCACCGACUGCGAGAACCUCCUCAAGCGCUUCCUGGUGCUCAACCCAGCCAAGCGGGGGACUCUGGAGGUGAGGGAGGAAGGCCAAAAUCAAAUCAUGAAGGAUCGCUGGAUCAACGCCGGCUGCGAGGAGGACGAGCUGAAGCCCUUCGUAGAGCCUGAACUGGACAUCAGUGACCAGAAGAGGAUAGACAUCAUGGUGGGGAUGGGCUACUCACGAGAGGAGAUCCAGGACUCUCUGACCCGGAUGAAGUACGACGAGAUCACAGCCACAUACCUGCUGCUGGGAAGGAAGUCGACAGAGCUGGAGGUAAGUGACUCCAGCUCCAGCAGUAACCUGUCCCUGGCCAAGGCACGGCCUGCCAGCGAACACAACAACGGCCAGUCUCCCGCCCACCUCAAGGCCCAGCGCUCCGUCUCGUCCACGCAGAAACAGCGGCGCUACAGCGACCAAGCCGGGCCGUCCAUCCCCUCGGCGGGCUACCCCAAGAGGAGCCAGACCAGCACAGUGGAGAACGACAUCAAGGAGGAGGGCGGCGGCCAGGCCAGGAAGUCGGGCGUCAGGGGAGGCGCCCCUGGCAGUCCGUUGCUGGGCAACGCCAACAACCCCAACAAGGCUGACAUACCCGACCGCAAAAAGGGUUCCACCACCCCGAGUACGGCGGCGUCGGGCGGCAUGACGAGGAGGAACACGUACGUGUGCAGCGAGAGGAACGCCACGGACCGCCACGCCGUCAUCCAGAACGGAAAGGAAAACAGCAUGAGUGAAAUGUCAGCCUGUGCUACUACCCCCUCUGCCUACGCCAAGGCCUUCACCACCUCCUCGGCCUCGGUCCGGCUGCGUCACCAGAAGGCCGUGUCCCUGUCGGCCUCGGGCCACACCUGCCGCCAAACGCUGCCGCCGGAGGGCGACUUCUUCCGGCCUAACACGUCGUCGACGGCCAGCCAGCGGAACCCGGGCGGGGCCUCCACCCACAGCAUCAGCAGUGGAGCCACGCCCCCGGACCGGCUGCGCUUCCCCCGCGGCACGGCCAGCCGCAGCACCUUCCACGGAGGCCAGCUGAGGGAGCGCCGCACGGCCACCUACAACGGGCCCCCAGCCUCGCCCACGCUCUCCCACGACGCCACGCCGCUCUCGCAGUCCCGCAGCCGCGGCACCAGCAACCUGUUCACCAAGCUCACCUCCAAGCUCACGCGCAGAAACAUGUCAUUCAGGUUUUCCAAAAGAGGCACAGCUGAGUUUGAGAGAAACGGGAGAUUGGAGGGAUCAAGUCGCCACGUUUCGGGAGACCAGAAGGACGACCAGCAGCAACAGCCGCCGCCGCCGGCCCACUACAAAGACACCAAGCCGCGCUCGCUCCGCUUCACCUGGAGCAUGAAGACCACGUCGUCCAUGGAGCCCGUGGACAUGAUGCGGGAGAUCCGCAAGGUCCUGGACGCCAACAACUGCGACUACGAGCAGCGCGAGCGCUUCCUGCUGCUGUGCGUGCACGGCGACGGCCACGCCGAGAGCCUGGUCCAAUGGGAGAUGGAGGUGUGUAAGCUGCCCCGCCUCUCGCUCAACGGCGUGCGCUUCAAGCGCAUCUCCGGCACGUCCAUCGCCUUCAAGAACAUCGCGUCCAAAAUUGCCAAUGAACUCAAGUUGUAGGGAUACAGUAAGACUCUGUUAAGGGGGGGGGGGGGGGGGACGGAAACGGGACAUGGAGUUUUUCUGACCAGUAUCCAAAGUACUUUCACUGACAAAGUGAUUGGAAAUUGAGAAGUUUAACGUAACAUCGGAAUGUGCUGUACAUUCGUAAACAAUUUAAGUAGCAGAUACACAACGGUUUGUCCUCCAAUACACUGUUACAAAAAAGUAUGUAUUGAACAUGUUAUGUAUAGCUUAGGCAAUAACUUCUGCAUCUUUGGAGCAUUAUUAUUAUUAUUAUUAUUGUUGAUGAUGCAAAAGUUGGUCUUGAGCAGUUGAGGGAGAGAUGUUGGAUGAAAUGUCGAUAGUAAAUCUUAUUUUUGAUCUCAUUUUGUUUCUGAAUGCACUAAUGCAUUAUUGCCUUUGAGGCUCCUGGAGAUGUCCCCUAAAGUGGGAAUUUAUAAACUCUGUUACACACAGUCUUGCACACACACACACACACACACACACACACACACACACACACAGUAGGGUAAGGACGUUUGUUGAAGUAUUGGCCUCUAACAGUAUAACCCCCAGAUGGAGAAGUUUGAUACUUCUGCUACUUGCACAAACAUGAUGGUAUUUUUUAUCAUUGUCAGAACCCGAAAGGGUUUGGCACUUUCUCCCCUUUACUAGGCAGCCUAGAUACAGACACAAAACAACCCAUUGUUUAUCCAGUGUUCAUAAGUAUGGUUAAAACUAGCUGGCCAAGGCUAUAUGGUGUCACACAGCCCAGAAAGCAAGGGCCAGAAGAUACCAUGCCUUGAGGACGCACUUCUGCAGACUCUCCAAAAUUAGAGGGACUGCCGCAAAGUAACAUGGGACUUUGAGUCAUUUGUUAAAGACUUUACAGAAAAUCAGUAAGAUUUUCCUUCUUGGUAUACGUAUGAAUAUUUAGCUGAUUUCCUUUGACACUGUUAGUGUUUUAUUUUUAUUAUUGUUCUCCUGUGAUGUCGCUGAAAUGCCAAGUGUUACAUGGUCCCUCCCACUGGGCCUUUGGGCGGAGUUAUGUAUAAAUGGCACUUCUGGGACAGUUUUUCAAAAACAAACUUCAGUAUUCACUCCCACACCCCUUCUAAGAACGUUGGCACUGUUUUGUUUUUUUGUUUGUUCAUUCACCUUUUUUUUCCCUCUAAAUGUAAAUAAUGUACCUUAGUUUUGCAGCAGUUGCAUAUUGGUAUACUUCCUUUUUUGUUUUGUUUUAUAAGUCCAGGCUCUGAGCCGGGAGUUAUGGAAUUAAUGUUAACACAGCAUCGGGUAAGGCUAAACAGUGUCUCCAUUAAAAACACCUAAAAUGCAA